AUGGACAGCUCCGAAGCAGCAGAUUGCGAUGUCCGCAUGGCUACACGGGCAGGACGCCGAGUCGAGCUGCAGAAGCUGUCCAGCGAACAAGCCGAGUGGAUGCUGUACCGCACGUUGUGCCAGUUCCGACUCGGCUACUUCUCCUUCCUCGUGCUCAUCUGCAUCCUCAUGUUCAGCGUGACGCUCCUCAUGGAGAUCUUCUUUGCCAUUUUCCUGCCCAGUGCACGCAUGGAUCCGUACUUCACACUGCGUUCCAUUAUGCUGCUGGCUCUUCUACCUAUUGCACUGGUUUUCCUGUCGUACUGCUUUGAAGAGUCGAGUCGGCUCUUCCUCGAUGCCAUUGAUACGAGAGAGGGCAGUCUGGCCAACUUUCGGCUCUCGCUCUGUGUCUGUAUCCAUUACCUACGGCAUUGGCGCGAGAUGCCGGACGAUCGACUGGAGAGAGCAAAAUUUGACGUGUUUAGAGCGGACGACGAAGACUUUGAAGCGUGGGCACGUUUCGUGAGCUGGAUCACAGCAGGACCGAGAUAUCUGCUGAGCACGAUCUACACGAACGAUCCGUUUAAUGACGUAAACAAAGAGUCGGAGGAUGAGCGGAGGUAUGAACUGGAGCUGCUGUUUCAACGACAACACAGUGGGAAAUUGGGAAACGAGCCUCGCAAUCGUUUCGUGUGUCGUCGCAGUAGUAGCAGUAGCAGCAGCAGUAGCAGCAGCAGUAGCAGCAGCAGUAGCGACAACUUACCAUCAUCCCGGUGGAAACGUGCUUUUCACGCUGCAAGUACGACUGUCAAGUUCAACACUACGCACUUUGACGGCCCGCCACUGGACUUUUCCACGCUCGUUAUCACGGACGUGAUUUGUCCGUUUGUAUUCGAGUUUAUCACGCUGUGGACGUUUAUGGUCUCGCUGGUUGCAAACAUGUCGCCGCUCGCUGCCUUCCUGGACUACAUCCAGUGUGGCUUCUACAUGCAAGCAAUUUACUUGGGUCUGUGGAUGAUCUGUCACUUUUGCAGUGCUAGAAACCGCAAGAUGAGGGAGUUUGUAAGCAACUACCGUCGCCGGUACCGUGACAUGCAACGAGAGCUCCUGGAAAUGGAAAACGAAAAGCGAGCAGAACACCUUUGGCUGGUCAGCAUUGGCUUUCGUGCCGUAGAGCAGUUCCAAACCAGUUUUUUCACGCUAGUUGAAGCGAUUUUUGAGCUCAGUGGACGUGUCUGCAAGAGACUUUCACUACGGGCACCAGCAGCGGACUGUGCGACAGCAACAAGUAGCGAAGAAGACCAGCCUUUGCAACCUGGGGAUGUUGUACAAUACACACAAGUAGAAUUGGAUCCGGAAGUACUUGUUGAAGGUACGUGUGACCCCGUUGAAGACGCCAACGAGACCCAAGAGGCCCUGGAAGGAAAGCAGCGCAUCCGUAGAAUUGGUGAGCGCAUGCGUGGACUGAAUCUCUGGUCAAAGUUUUCUUACGACCGUCGGCUACGGAUCUUGUGCCCAAUGGUCAUCAUGAGUGCCAUCAUCUCGUUCUAUGCAUUCUAUGUUGGCUGGGGAAUCAUGGGUAUCUGCCUCAUUCUGCUUGGUGACACGAUCCAGGCCAAGUUCCCUCAGAUAUUCGGUCUCACCUUCAAGUCUUUCAUCACGUUCUUCGUGAUUCUCUCAUUUGUGUUUUUUUCAUCGACAUGGGCGGUCGGAACUUUCGUUCACGGUGGAGACUUUCUCGUACAUCCGCCGACGGCAAACCCCCGGCUUGCUCCAGCUGAUCUGUUCACGGCGAAGCCAGCACUGCACUGGUCAAAGGUUGCCGAGUAUCCCGUGUGCGCACUGGACAUGGAGUCGCUUGAUAUUGUGGAUUUUGCCCUCAUUGCAGACGCAAUGUACGGAUGGAAUACAGCAGUCCAGCUGCAGUCGUUUGGCCAACGCUUUAACGGCACUGUGCUCGGCGACUGGAAGUACGUAUCGCGCAACGACGAAGCAGCGAACCAUCAAGUAUGGGCUGAGCUAUACUUCCCCACGAUCAAUAUGACUGUCAUAGCCGUUCGAGGAACAGCUACAGCGACUGAUGCUCUCGAGGAUCUUCACUACUGGUUUGGCGUGAGCAUCAUGCAAGCUGCAAAUAUCUUUGUUCCGUUUUUGAAACAGCUGCCGAGUCAAUUUGUCGUCGAGAUGCUAUCGAUGAAGUUCCUCCGAGCGGUCAUGCCUCCUCCAGUGUACUCCGAGUUGCUGGAUCACGUGAGUGCAGUGCAAAAGCGUGUUGGCGACCGCCUUGUGCUCACUGGUCACAGUCUUGGGGGUGCAAUGGCAGCAAUGGUUGGUGCCAAGACGCACACGCCCGCCGUGUCGUUCUCCGGACCCGGAUUGUUGUACACACGUGGUCGGUUUGACGUCGAUGACGAAUCUAUCCGUGACUACGUAUUGACCGUGAAGCCUCGACGUGAUAUCGUUCCGCAGGUUGACGAGCUUGGUGGAAUGGUGCAAGAAAUCGAGUGUCGGCGCGACAAUCCACUUGCCUGUCAUAGUACAGUUACACACAUGUGUGAGCUCUAUGCUGCGUGUGGUGACAAGCGCAAACGUGACUGGUCCAAAGCGAGUCAGUGCGAAGCGUAUUUCCACGGCAAAACCGACCAACUAGGCCCAUGGUCAACUGAAUAG